AUGGAGCCGCUCCCCGAGCCGGCCCUACCUCUCCGCAAUGAGAGGACGUAUGGCGGAAAUGCCGCCUUCCACAACUUCCACAAUGACUACACACAUAUCCGCGAUCCUAACCUGCGGCGGCGGCUUGCUCUUUCAGAGGUGGACAAGAUCCCAUUUGGAUGGUACCAUGUCCGCGCAGUGAUUGUAGCCGGCAUAGGAUUCUUUACUGAUUCGUACGAUAUCUUUGCAAUCAACCUUAUAACAUCAAUGCUGGGGAUGGUAUUCUGGCAGGGUUCAUCCAUCCCGGGUGAGAGUCCAGCCGGCAAUGAUGGGAUCUUACCAACUAAUGUCAACACGGCCAUCAAAGCGGCGACGUCCGGGGGAGCGGUGGUAGGACAGCUUUUGUUUGGCUGGUUGGCGGACAAGCUGGGGAGGAGGAAGAUGUACGGGAUAGAGUUGGGCAUCAUAGUGUUUUCAACAUUGGCUCAGUCAUUAUCAGGGCCAAGCUGGGCCGUUACGAUGACGGGCUUGUUGAUAUUCUGGCGGGUGAUGAUGGGGAUAGGCAUUGGCGGAGAUUAUCCAUUGUCCGCAGUCAUUACAUCAGAAUUUGCCCCAACACGCUGGCGUGGGGCAAUGAUGGCCGCCGUCUUUUCGAUGCAAGGUGCGGGACAAUUCGCCGCCGCCCUCGUCGCCCUGAUAACCACCGUCUGCUUCAAAAGCUCCCUUACAAGCACCACAGAUGAGUUCUCCAGCUGCCACGAAGCCUGCCAGUUAGCCGGCGAUCGUGCCUGGCGCAUCAUCGUCGCAUUUGGCGCCGUUCCGGCCUGCUUCGCACUCUACUACCGCAUCACGAUCCCGGAAACGCCGAGGUACACCUUCGAUAUCGCGCACGAUAUCGAAAAGGCGGACGCGGAUAUCAAGGCGUAUGUUAGUAACCUGCCGGAAGGCAUCGUGGACCCCGUGUCCCAGCAGAAGACAAAGCAGAGGCUUGGGGAGAAACUUGCGGAACCGCAGGCUUCGUGGCGGGAUGCCGCAUCGUACUUUUCCAAAUGGAAGAACUUCAAGGUCAUUUUUGGGACGGCCUCCAGCUGGUUCUUCCUAGAUCUAGCUUUCUACGGGCUCGGAUUAAACAAUAGUACGGUCCUCAGUGCCAUCGGUUUCGCGGGCGGAGCCACAAUCUACGAAGUCUUACUGCACAACGCAAUCGGGAACCUCAUACUGGUCUGCGCCGGCAGCAUCCCUGGCUACUGGAUUUCUGUGGCCUUAGUCGACACUAUCGGCCGCAAACCGAUCCAGAUCGGCGGCUUCUUUAUCCUUACCGUCCUCUUCUGUAUCAUCGGCUUUGCCUACAAUUCUCUCUCCUCUGGCGGACUCCUCGCGCUCUACAUCCUCGCGCAACUCUUCUUUAACUUCGGCCCUAACACCACAACAUUCAUCACCCCAGGCGAGUGCUUCCCGACGCGCUACCGCAGCACCGGCCAUGGCAUCUCCGCCGCCAGUGGAAAAAUCGGCGCCAUCGUUGCGCAAGUCAUCGCCCAGCCCCUACUCGCCAAAGGAGCGCGUCGAGAUUGCACCGGUGACUCCUGCUCUCCCUGGCUCAAUCACCUAAUGCAGAUCCUCGCCCUCUUCAUGCUCUGCGGCACUCUCGUCUCCUUCCUCAUUCCCGAGACUAAAGGCCGCACCCUCGAAGAGCUCGCCGGCGAGAAGCCUCAAAGUCCCGACGGCUCCCUCUCCCCGCGCAAGCACGGCUGGCGCGCAACACUUAACCCUCUCCGUAGCAGCCACCCCGCUGGCUUCGCCCAUUCCUACUCCACCCCGACACUCAUGGCGCGCUCACCGGGCCUCUGGGGCAAGCGCGAGCGCAUCGGCAUCAUGACAAGUCCGGACCUGUUGCCAAAGCCGCGUGGGGGAGAAAAGGACCACACGCGUGCGCUCAGCGGCGAGGGCACCGCCACCACGUACAGCGUGUCGGUUAGCAGUGCGGGCCGGCUGAGCAGCGUGGGGAAGCCCGGGCCGGUAGAUGCGGACGACGAUCUGUACAUCAACGGGGUGGGCAGCGGGAAGCUGCCCGGAUGGGGCGCGGGGUGGGGGGUGCAGAGGAAUCCUGUGAGGGAGGAUGGGAACGGAAAUGGGAGAGUGGAGAGUAUACAGUUGUUUGAUGUGGGGCGGUUGCUGAAAUGA